UCUAUUAAACCCUAGACCACACUCAUUUCUCUUCCUCUCUUCUUCUGUCGGCAAACAUCGCCUCCUGUCUUCCCUGCAGACGCUCUACGCCGACCGCACUUGGGCUCUCUGAUUCGUACUUGAACACCGAACGCAGGAAAAAUGGUUGCGGCGAAGAAGACGAAGAAGACCCAUGAGAGCAUCAACAACAGGCUUGCCCUCGUCAUGAAGAGCGGCAAGUAUACUCUCGGUUACAAGACCGUCCUACGUUCUCUCCGCAGCUCCAAAGGGAAGCUGAUUAUACUCUCCAACAAUUGCCCCCCUCUGCGCAAGUCCGAGAUUGAAUACUACGCGAUGCUUGCCAAGGUUGGCGUCCACCAUUACAAUGGAAACAAUGUUGAUCUGGGGACAGCUUGUGGAAAGUAUUUCCGUGUGUCAUGCCUCAGUAUUGUUGAUCCAGGUGAUUCAGAUAUUAUCAAGUCACUCGCCGGUGAUCAGUGAGAGAUCCUUUUGGUUACAACUUUUGCUAGAGUUUAUUAAGUCAAACUAGUAUUAAGUUUGUCUUCUAAGACCUUUGAUAGAGUUUCCAACUUUUGCUGUUACGGAAAUGCACAUCAGUUUAUGUUAACGAGGUUGGGGGAGACCCUAAUAUUUUGAUUUGCGCAAAGAUGUUUGUCAAUUGUUUUGAUGCAUGUUUAAUGAAAUGAUUUUCAUUUUUUUAACCUCAUUCA